AUGACGGCGGCUGUGGAGACGAGAGCCACGGCAGAAUUGCGGAAGCAAUUGCACCCACAGAGAUGGAACCUGAAAGCCCAAGGCUCGACUGAUGCCAGCGCGCGCAUCGUCCAGAAGGACCGGGCAGGAGUGAACAGGAUCGAGGAAGAGGCGAUGAGCUUCGUCGAGGAGCCUUUGGAUGUCUUGUACAGUGUGCAGGGCAUGGCACCAAGCCACAUUGACAAAGACAUUACGGCAAAUUACGAGAUGGAGAACCUGGAGCUUGCAUCCGGAGGGUUUGGCAAAGUAUUCCGAGCCACUGACCGGAAGCAUCCGGAGCGGCGGGUGGCCAUUAAGUCAAUGCUACUUUCCAGCACACGCCGCCGAGAGAUGUCUGAAAACGAGGUCAAGAUCAUGAAGAGCUUGGACCAUCCGAACAUCUGCAAACUUUUCGAGACGUACGAAAGGGCUGGGCUUGCGUACUAUGUCAUGGAGCUUUGCGAGGGCAAGGAUCUGUUUGACCAUCUCUUCGAUGUCGACUCACCCCGGCUGGACGAGCCGACAGCUGCAGCGGUCAUCCGACAGCUGGCCAGUGCGCUACAGUAUGCACACGACAAAGGCAUUGCCCACCGUGACAUCAAGCCUGAGAACAUCAUGUUCACAUCGGAGGAUCCCAACUGCACUGACAUCAAGGUCAUCGACUGGGGUGUCGGCCACGAUUUCGGUGAGCGGCGCAUGCGGCACUUUGCUGGAACGCUCAGGUACUGUGCCCCGGAGGUGAUGCAAGCCGAAAGCUUCUUGAGGCGGCUUUCAUCCUACACGGCCGCCUGUGACAUGUGGAGCGUUGGUGUUGUCCUUUACGCCAUGCUUUCUGGGCGCUUGCCAUUCAGCGGAAAGCAAAAAGAACUGCUCAAGAAGAUGAAGAAGGAGCAAUAUUCGAUGGGAGGGAAAGUCUGGCAGUCGAGAUCGCAAGACGCCAAGGAUCUGAUUCAGGGGCUAUUGAAGGCCGAUCCCAACAUGCGAUUCUGCCCCAAGGACAUCCUCCAGCACCCCUGGAUUACGAACAGUGAGAGGCAUUCCGAGAUGCCGGCAGCCGUGGCGCAGCAAGUUCUUGACAACAUGAAGAACUUCAGCCAUCUUGGCCAUUUCUACUCCAUUUGUGUGGCUGCGGUGGUUCGUCAGCUUGGCUCCAAGCACUUGAAUGAGGUGCACCGCAUGUUCUGCAGCUUGGACCGGGAUGGAAACGGUGUGCUGUCUGUUGAAGAGGUCCAGCAGGGCUUCUCCAACCUUUGCCACGCUGACUCUCCUGAGAUGCAAGACUUGCUGAAGAUCGUGCAGAUGCUUGACAAGGACGGUUCAGGCAGCAUUGACUACAACGAGUUUUGUGCGGCUGCGGUUGGCGAGCGAAUCUUCCAGGAGGAGUCGUGGCUGUGGGCUGCUUUCCGUUCCUUCGACACACUGAAGGAUGGCCAGCUAUCUUUUGAGGAGAUUAAAGCCAUCUUCCGGGGUAGCGACGUGAGCCGCGUUUGGCAUGAAGACGUCUUGGAUGCAGCUGCCAGGGAGGCGUUGAAGCGCUUCGAUGUCACCGGUGACGGCGCCAUCGAUUUCGAGGAGUUCAGCCAGCUGAUGCGCCACCACACGGCAGCCAAGAAGUUGGCCGAAGCCGAAAAACUCCGUCAGGGAUGGUCUUCCGAAGAGCAUGAUGCGCAAGCCUCCUUGGACAAGUUGGAACUGCAGCUGCAUGAGAUGAAGGCGCACGACCCCUACAGGAUCGUGAACCAGAUGCAAGAGGCACAUCACGAUCAUCUUGGUCGCGGGCUAUUCCGUAAGGUUGCCAUACUGUGCAAAGCCAGACCACCAGCAACGCCCCAGGUGCCAGAUCAAGCAAAGCACGGCAAUGCUUGA